AUGGUGCUGCGGCGCUUCGCCUGGCCCUUCGGCGGCCAGCGCGCCUCCUUCUGUGGCAGCUUCACCGGCUGGAGGGAGUGCCCCAUGGGGCUCGUCGGGACUGAGUUCCAGGUGGUGUUCGAUCUCCCACCAGGGCUUUAUCAGAUGUGGUCUUUUGGUUCAAUUCAGUACCGCUUUUUGGUGGAUGGUGUCUGGAGAUGUGAUGACACAAAACCUAUUGUACGUGAUGAAUAUGGCCUGAUCAGCAAUGAAAUGCUUGUCACACUUGUGGAGAAUAAUACACACCCGGCUGUACAGCUAGAGCCACCUCCCAUUAGAAGAAUGAAUUUGGAUGAGGGUACUAUCUUGACAACAAUGCCACCGGAACCACCAUCUCGAAACUCAGGCAUGCAGAUUGCAGUUUUCCGCCAUCGGGUCUCUGAAAUACUAUUACAUAAUACCAUAUAUGAUGUUGUUCCUGUUUCUAGCAAGAUAGCAAUUUUGGACGCUCGGCUUCCUGUCAAACAAGCAUUUAAUAUUAUGCAUGAUGAGGGCCUUGCUUUGGUUCCUCUUUGGGAUGAUGGCCAAGGAACCGUAACAGGCAUGCUAACUGCUUCUGAUUUUGUAUUAAUUUUGAGAAAGUUGCAGAGGAACAUUCGAGUUCUGGGCCAUGAAGAGCUUGAAAUGCAUUCAGUUUCUGCUUGGAAAGAAGCAAAACUGCAGUAUUAUGGAGGGGCUGAUGUCGCAGGCAUGCAAAGAAGGCCAUUAGUUCAUGUUAAGGAUUCGGAUAAUUUAAGGGAUGUGGCACUGACUAUAAUACAAAAUGAAAUAUCUUCAGUCCCUAUCUUUAAGUCCUCGACGGAUAUAUCAGGGAUACCGUUACUUAAUCUUGCAACUCUUCCAGGGAUUUUGAAAUUUCUUUGCUCAAAGCUCCAAGAACAACCAGAAGGUUAUCCCAUUUUGCGAAAUCAGAUUUCCAGUAUUCCUAUUGGUACAUGGUCGCAGCAUACUGGAAGGGCAAGUACUAGACAGCUUAGAACAUCGGGACUGAGUGCUCCUCUAAUUACUUGCCUGGAUUUUCUUCUGGAAGAUAGAAUAAGCUCAAUUCCUAUAGUUGAUGAUAAUGGAUCCCUUCUUGAUGUCUACUCACUCAGUGAUAUCAUGGCUCUGGCGAAGAAUGAUGUUUACGCUUGCAUUGAACUUGAGCAAUUGACCGUGGAGAAUGCUUUGGAGCUGCAAUAUCAGGUGAAUGGGCGGAGACAGUGUCAUACCUGUUUGAGCACGAGUACGUUGCUCGAGGUGUUGGAUCAAUUGUCUGUUCCAGGGGUGCGGCGGCUUGUCGUUAUUGAACCGAUGACUAGAUUUGUGCAAGGAAUUAUCUCAUUGAGAGACGCAAUAACAUUUCUCCUUGGAUAA